AGAAGGCUGUUUUAAUCUUUAUAAUACAACAAAUAUCAUAGCUCUAAUUUUGCAAAAUCUUUUAUUGGGUGGGCCCUCCAUGGUACUAUUGCCUAAUCGUCUAGUUUCUUCCUCUCCCUAUGGCCGAAGCUCGUCCUCACACGCCCACACACACAAACAUGAAGCUCAGCCUUCCAAUCCACCAACUCUGUUCCACCUUUACCUUCUCUCUCAUCCUUCCCUUAUUCCUCUGCUCCUCUUCUUCUUCGAUCCCCACGACAAUCCCAACUCCGGCGCCAUGGCCAGAGCAAUUCCACGCGCUUCUCUACAUGAACCUGAGCUCGGCUCGCCUCCAGAUGAGCGACCUCUGGUACGAUUGGCCCCGAGGACGGAACGUCAACAUAUUUCAGAAGCAGCUGGGGGAGGUCCUCUACGACAUCGAGUGGGACAACGGCACGUCGUAUUACUACACUCUGGGUGCCAAUGGAAGUUGCAGAGUCAUGGAGUUUGAGGUGGGCAUUCCUAGGCCUGACUUUCUGGAUGGGGCUGAAUACCUUGGGACCCAAGUCACCGAUGGGUUUCUCUGCAACGUGUGGCAGAAAGUUGAUUUCAUUUGGUAUUACGAAGACGUUCUCACUCGCCUACCCGUUCGUUGGGAUUUCUAUGAUGGAAUAUCAAGUCAUGUAAUGACGUUCGAGGUUGGUGCGGUGCUGCCGGAUUCAGUGACACAAGCACCUGCCUAUUGUUUCAACCAAGAUCACAAGGUCGCCUCAAAUUUAUUCGACCUUCUUUAGAUUUACUCAAAUAAUAACAAUAAUAAUAAUAAUAAUAAUAAGCCUUUUUUGUGUAAAUUAAUAUUGUUUAUGAUCCAAAUUUUCCUAUUGCAUUGUAUGUACGAGUACUAAUUUCUUGUGAAAAAGGAAUUCGUUGGUUCGGAUGGAACGAGCAAUUUCACGAGAUAGCCCAAGAGGUCCAAAUUCUUGUACCUCUGCCACUGGGUACGUAAGUAAAUUAGCUGCUUGUUUAAAAAAAUUAAUAUAAACAUAAUACCUUUUUUCUAGUGACAUUAGAUAAAUUAACAUGUUUUAGCUUAUUUACAUUUUAUAUUUAUAUAGUGUUUUCUUUGUUCA